AACAAGAUCAGGUGUUCUGCAGCGAGCGCAGACGCGACACGUUUUCUGUGAGGUCACUCGGCGUGCCUCGUGUCCGGAGGACUUUUGAUGUGCAGAAGUUUGGUUCGCGACAAACCUGAAACACUGAACAGUCAUGGGGGUUCCUAAUUCCAGGGAGUGUAACUACCAUCAGGCUCCGACUGCACCACUUAAGAUGUUGCUGAAAAUGCGCAAUGAGCCUCUCAAGAAGGAGCGACCAAAGUGGAAGAGCGAGUAUCCGAUGACAGAGGGUCAGCUGAGGAGCAAGAGGGAUGAGUUUUGGGAUACGGCUCCAGCCUUUGAUGGACGGAAGGAGAUUUGGGACGCGCUCCGAGCUGCGGCCUUAGCUAUGGAGUGUAAUGACCUGGAGCUGGCGCAGGCUAUAGUGGACGGAGCCUGCAUUACUUUGCCACAUGGCUCCCUCACAGAGAGUUACGAUGAACUGGGAAAUCGAUAUCAGCUCCCAGCGUACACUUUAGCACCGCCUGUCAACCUCAUCACUGAAACGUGCAGUGAGAGCAAAGUGUCCGAGUCCUCGCAAAAACAAACUCAGCCUUCACCGUGCAGAGAAGAGUUCCAGCUGAGGGUUCGGCUAUCAACAGGGCAGGAUGUCCGUCUGACAGCCAGCAUGGCGGACUCCAUCGCAGAGCUGAAGAAACAGCUGGAAGAACAGGAGGACAUCGACGUGGCCCGUCAGCGGUGGUUUUUCUCUGGAAAGCUCCUGACCGACAAAACUCGUCUCCAAGAUGCUAAGAUCCAGAAGGACUUUGUUGUCCAAGUGAUAGUCAACAUAAACCCCUCAGUCAUAACUAACUGAGAGGGUUGGAGGGGGAGCGAGGAUCUGAAGUGAAGAAAAGAUGAAGGAAGUGCCAGAGACGGCUGCAGGAACAGGACCUGGUAUCAGUUUCCAGCUGGCGCAGCCGUGGAAUUCUGUGUACAUUUUCUAUAAGAAAUGGUUGCUUUUAUAUUACUCCUUUUUCUAUUGUUCCUUUUUUUCCCCCAAAAUUUAAAAAUAAUAAUGAAAAAGCACUGAAACACUUUAGCGUAACAA